AUGUCCGUCUCUCAAAGUGACACAAAAAUGAACAACUCCAUCGAUAUAGAACCUUCUGGAUCGUAUUCAAGACAGGCUAUCACCCAAGCUUACCAAGAGCUACUUGCGAAUCAAGUCUCUCAGCCGGACAAAAUAUUCAUCGAUGGCCACGAGCUCAAGCAUCUUGAUCCCAACUUUGCAUCCCUCGAUGAAAAGGCACAAGAACAUCCUCGUUCAUGGCCGACCGCUAAGAAAAUUCGAGCAACCGCUAUUGUCGGAGGCUGCUGUUUCCUCUCCCCAUUCGCAAGCACCAUAUUCGCACCAUCCAUUCAUCUGGUGAUGAAAGACCUGAGUAUCACGGACAGUACUGUCGGCGCCCUACAAGUCUCCAUAUUUCUCUUUGCAUUGGCUCUUGGCCCGCUCUUCAUCGCUCCACUUAGUGAGAAGUACGGUAGAGCGGUUAUCAUACACUUAGGCAACGCUGUCUUCGUUGCAUUCUCCCUCGGAGGAGGCUUCUCACGAACCGCUGCACAACUCUCAGUGUGCCGUUUGUUUGCUGGAUUUGGAGGUAGUGCGGCCAUUUCUGUUGUUGGUGGAGUCGUCGCGGAUCUCUGGGAUCUUGCUGCCCGUCCGAAAGCAUCUGGACUCGUGAUGCUCGGCCCUGUUCUAGGCCCCGUCUUGGGUCCUGUAUGUGGCGGUUGGAUGUCGGAGCGAGUCUCAUGGCGCUGGACUCUUUGGGUACCUGCGAUCGCCAGCGCCUUACUCUCAGUGGCUGGGCUUUUUCUCCUCCCAGAGUCCUUUGGACCGAGAAUUCUGCAGAAGAAACUGGGAAGAGAACGCAGUACCAAUCCUCGCGCCAAACUAUAUACCGUACUGGAUUUUCAGCACCGUCCGACUGACCCCGCAGCGCUUGUCAAUGCGUUCGUUCGACCUUUGGCAUACCUUGUGCUUGAUCCUGCGCUACUGCUUGCAUCGCUGUUCUACUCCGUGGUUUUUGGCGUUUUAUACCUCAUUAUCGUUACGUACGCAGAUGUGUUUGGUUCCGGAUACGGACACUCUGUCGGAAUCGUUGGUACAGACUUCCUCGCUGCUGGUAUCGGUAUGCUUCUUGGUACAUUCGCCACUAUCCGUGCUAUGGAAGCUAUCUUCAAGCGAGACACCGCAUCUGGACAAAUGAAGUAUAGACCUGAGUCGAGACUCAUCAGCUGCCUUGUUGGAGGAACAUUAUUGGUCGGUGGGCUGUUCAUGUAUGGGUUUACCGCCACACGAACCCACUUCAUGGUUCCACUCGUGGCUACCAUGCUCAUGAUGGCCGGAGGCAUGAACAUCCAACUCGCCCUACAACUGUACGCCAUCGAUGCCUUCAAGUUUCCCGCUUCUGCCGUCGCUGCCAUCUCGUUCCUUCGCUGCAUGUUCGCUGGUGCAUUUCCGUUAUUCGGAGAGAAACUUUUUGCCAAAAUUGGCCUAGACUGGGGUGUGGGGUUGCUGGGGUUUCUAGUCCUAGGCGUGGGAUUGCCGCUGGUACUACUGCUAUACACCUAUGGCGCCAAACUUCGCACGAAAGGUGCUGAGCGCAUGGAACGUUUCGAAAGAUCGAAAGCAGCCAUGAGUUAA